AUGCUGUCGUCUCUGUUGGCCGUUGGCCUCUGCGCCUCUUCUGUUGUGGCACAUAACUUGAUCCAGAUCAAUUAUCCUCUUGGGCAAUGGGACACUGAUGAGGAUGAUCAACACGACGGUGAAUUCUGUGGUGGAGCUGACCCUGGGAACGCAAGGCCUUGGUUAGGGGAUGAUACCUUCAUUUCUCUCACUGGAGAUGCGGGUGACUCGGUCACUGUUCUCUUUACAACCUCCAGCUUCACUUCAAACAACACCGACGCCUUUGAUGACUUCAUCAGGAGUCCAGCCGAUUUCAAUGUCACAUUGAUCGAGAAUGCCACCUUGCCAGAAUCCGGAAAUCUGUGCAUUGACACAGUUCUGCCCUCGCUGACGGAAGGAUCCAUUGGCUUUCUCUAUGUUGCGACAAACACCAAUCUGUCCGCAUGUGCUACCGUGCAAUACUUGGCUGAGUCUGCCGAAGGUGUGCAGGUACCAGGAUCCAACCUCACGUACCGCGACUAUUAUUGUUCCAACUCGACCACCCUUCCAGUAGUAGACGAGGUUUGCGAUUGUCACUGCCAUGGUGCCGACGAACAUUGUGAAGGCAACUGUUCUCCCUCUCAACUUGAUGAUGCUCGUGCAGAGUGCAUGGCUGACCACGAUGACGAUGACGAUCAUGACGAUCAUGACCACGACGAUCAUGAGGAAGAGUGUGAUUGUCACUGUCAUGGUGACGAAGAACACUGUUCCGGUGAUUGUACACAGGCUCAGCUCACCAAUGCUAGAGCCGAGUGCAGCGCUGCAGCUGGAGGCUCCACUGCUACCUCAGGAUCAGGGUCCACAACGGCCUCUGGGACGGGUGCAGCAGCUACGGCGACGGACAAUGGCGCGAUUGGCGCGAUUGUAGUCGGGCAAACAAGUAAAGCUGUUGGUAUCAUCGCACUCGUAUAUGCCUUCAUGAUGGUAUAA